UUUCCCGAUGAGUUACAUCUCCUCAUCCCACCGACAGUGAACGGAGCUGCAGCUGCUGGAGACAAACUUGGAGGAGGGGAGGCACAUUUACGGAUUUCAAUAAUCUAAGCAGGUGCAGUAGGCUAGAGCUGCUCGCACUGAAACCAGGAAGUCAACAUGAGCAGCCUCUCCAGCGACAAGAAGCCUCUUGUAGAUUACGGCGUGCAGAUCCGCUUCAUCAAAGACCUCCAUGACACGGGCGGAGGCUACGCUGACAAAUCUAAAGGACCCAACACUGCAACUCCUCCUUCCAAUAAGUACGGGGUGGCGGUGCGGGUUCAGGGAAUUUCUGGGCAUCCGUACGUGGUCCUUAAAGAUGGAGAGAAAGGUGACUCUUAUGGGGUUCAGCUGAACACCACCAGCCCUACCUCAGGGCCGCCAUCGCCGAGCAACAGCCUCCCAAAAUUAAACAAAGAACCAGUAGAAGUAGCAAACCCCUACAGCCCUGCUGGGAACACUACACACUCCCCUGUUUCUGCAGCAGAGGACGAGGACGGGGAGAUUUUUGGGAGUCCUCUUAAAAGACCUCCAGGGGAUGGUCAGGCAGGAACACAAGGGGAGGAGGAGGGUAGUGCCUGCAGAGACGGGAAGGCGAAAAAGUCGAAAAUAGAACUCAAAGGAACAGCAGGUGAAGCAGAGAAAAAGACGGAUAAGGAGGAGUAUAACGAGGCGGGGCUUAAACGAGUCAACUUAAACGGUGUUGGACCCAGAGGGUUCAAACAAACUGGGUCUGGUCUCACUGGAUCUUUAGGGAAACAAGGUGCUAAAACAGAUCCCCCUGUAGAGGCAAAACCUCCAGCACCAACUUCUAAGGAGCCCUUCCCAGCGAUCGACACAAACUCGCUGGCUCCCAUCAACAAGCUCAUCAGUAAGUUCAACAGUGGAACACCAGGCGUCGCCCCGCAGACGAGAGGCCGCUCUGGAGGAAGGCAGCGUCUCCGGUUUGAUGAACGCAGAAGGUCCAGAAGUCUCGAUGCCAGAAAGGAUCUUCAACCUGAGGAUUCCCCUCCCUCUCCAACUCUAAACCCCUACGCCAUGCCUUUGUCUUCCUCCUACAACCUGAUGACAUCAUCUAGCCUGGGAAGGAGCACUGCAUCAGUUGCCAAGGUGACAGCCCUCGAGGCCCCUAAGCCCAGCUUUAAGUCACCAGGCAACUUUGUUGCCAAGGACACCUCUCCAGCUGUAGCAAAAAAGCCUGAGAUACCUCCAAGGAGCCAGAGUCAAAGCACAGCAGUCAUCAGCGGAGAGGAUGCUCAAGUUAAGCAAGCUAUUUACAGCAUCCUCAAAGAUGGCUCCAGUGAGAGUGAGGCUUCCCUCAAAAGAAAGGUCAACCUCGUCUAUGACACCACGGGCUGUUAUAAGAAAGAAGGAUCGGAUGGGAGGGGAAGGGAGGGGAACCUUGAGGAACUUCAGGAACAACUGAGUCGCUGCAAGAAAAAUCUGCAGCUGGCCCAUGAUGAACUGGCCGAGGAGCGUAUGGCCAGAGAGGUUGUGGAGUCUCGCCUUCGUCUACAAGAAGAUCAGCUUGCCGAGCUUCAGGAGGAGCUGAGGAGGGUUGAAGAAAACUCACCUCACUCAGACUUGCUGAAGACGGAUGUGAGGGCUCUGCAGGCCGACCUGGCCGAAGCAGCCAUGCUGCGUCAGCGUCAGGAGGAGACUCUCCGGCAGCGCGAGCGGGAGCUGACGGCUCUUAAAGGGGCGCUGAAGGAGGAGGUGGAGUGCCAUGACAAAGAGAUGGAGGCUCUUAGGGAGCAGUACAGCCACGACAUGGAUGACCUAAGGACAACCAUGGAGCAGGUCACACAGACCCAGGAGCAGAUAGAGGAAGAGAGGGACAGGGUGAACGUCUCCAUCUUUACUCUGGAGGAGGAGCUGGAGAGCUGCAGAGACCAGGGAGAGAAGUGGAAGACGCAGCUGGAAGCCACCACAAAGGAGAGCAGGAAGCGAGUCGGCGGGCAAAUGCUGCUGAAAUCCCGUCUGGAGAAAGACGAUUUUGAGAGUGAGCUGAAGGAUCUUCAGGAUUCACUGCUCAGCAUGAAGAAACAGAUGCCUGCGUCUGCCGAUAACGUUUCUUUCGCCGAGGAGCUCAGGCGUUGCCAUGAUGAUCUGAAGAGGGCUCGCACCGAUCUGGACAAACAAAAGAGCCAGUUGGAGGAGAAGAGAGAGGCACUCGAAGCCCUGAAGAGAUCGAGCGAAGGGAAAGAGGCCGAGCUGCUGUCUGAGAUCAGCACAUUGAAGGAGCGGUCGCAGAAAGACAAAGAUGAGCUGGAAAAGGCGCUCGAGAAGUUGAAGGAGUCAUCAGUUACAUCGUCAGGAAAGACUGUGGUGGACCGCACCAACGUGGAGCUGCAAGAAGCAAACACUCGCCUCAGAGAGAGGCUGGCUCGCAUGACACGGCUUCAGUCCAGUGUGCCCCACAGCUCGGACACCGAGGAGGCGGUCGAAGCUUUGGAGGACGAGAACCGCUCCCUGAAGACUCAGCUGGAGGAGGCGAAGAGAGGAGCCACCUGGCUGACUAAAGAGAGGGAUGAGCUGACCCGGAGGCUGGAGGACAGAGACCUGGAGAGGGACGCCCUCAGGAGGGGGAAGAGCGACCUGGAGGAGCAGAAGAGGCUGCUGGACCGAGCACUGGAGAAGAUCAGCAAAGAGAUGGAGGUGAUGAUGGGAGAUUCUCGUCAGUCUGUAGUCACCCUGCAAACACAGCUUGAUGACUACAGGGAGCGUUCGAGGAAGGACCUGCUGGAAGCUCAGCGAAACAGUAAGGACAGACUGGCUGAGCUGCAGAGAGCUCAGAGCAACCUCAAGGCCCAGCAGGAGGAGGUUUCACGCCUGAAGAAGGAUCUGCUGGUUUGCAGCGAGGAGAGAGACAGUGCGCAGUUGGAGAGAGACCUCCUCAACAACCGUCUCAAACACUUUGAGAGUGAACUAGAAUCAGAGAAGAGCACCUACACUGACCGCACACGAGAAAUUAGAGGCCUGGAGGAUAAAAUUAAGACGCUGGAGAUUGAACUAGACGAAGAGAGGAGCAGUGUGGAGCUUCUGAAUGACCGUAUCACACGUAGCAGAGAUCAGGUGGACCAGCUUCGGUCAGAGCUGAUGCAAGAGCGUUCAGCAAGACAUGAUCUGGAAAUGGACAAGAGUGCACUUGAAAGACAGCUGAAAGAGUUGAAGUCUCGAGUAGCAGACUUGGAGGGACAGACUCGGCCCUCAGCAGGAUCAACAACCCUGCUGGAAAGCAAGAUUCAGGGGUUGGAGGAGAGACUACGCAGUGAGGAAAGAGAGAAGGCCAGCAUCCAGGCAUCACAGCGACGAACAGAGAGGAAACUUAAAGAACUUAACGCCACGUUAGACCAGGAGAGAACCCAGCAUGUUGAACAGAGAGAUCAGCUGUCUCUGCGCGUGAAGGCCUUGAAGCGGCAGGUGGACGAGAGCGAGGGAGAGGUGGAGCGCCUGGAAGGAGUGCGCCGCAAGGUCCUCAGGGACCUGGAGGAGCAGCAGGAGCUCCAGGAGGCACUACAUGCCAAAGUGACAGCCCUGGAGACCGAACUAAGGAGGAAGUCUCAGCACCAGCCACACCGCGCAGCUCUGGGCUCCACCACUCUAAGCUCCGAGGAUGAGGAAGGUUUCUAUGACACCAACAUCACCUCCAUCCUUACCGAGAGCCACCUACAGACCAGCAACUGCUGAAGGAAGAUCCAUGAAAAGAAUGUAUCUCCUCUCCAAUGCUCGAAUGAUUUGGUUAGAAAAGGAACUCAGGGCGUCAGGAUGGACUCGCCUGUGUGAAGAACUCAGUUGCCAUGCACUACAAGUUUGCCUCGGAGUUGUUGCCGGUUUUAUUUUUAGUACAGCAGUCCUACAGAGACAGGUUGUCAGGAUGAUAAGAUCGCAUUUUUGAGCCUUCAGCUGUGAUUACAACAUGUGUAUCAGUCUUGAAAUCUCCAGUUUUUCCUCUGUUGAAAGAGCAUUUAGAGUCACACGUUUGAACUGGAAUCCUCCUUUUAAAAAGGCUUGUUGCUGUGUGUUCUGUGCAUUAAAUACUACAUUAAAAAUACACCACUGUGGUAGCAGGUUACCGUUGCAUGGUUUAUAGGUCAUGCAGAAGACAAAUACAAACUACUUCAAACCAAAAAUGAAAGUCUUAUACCUGUUUGCUCAUGCAUGAUAAGUUAAAUCUGUCAGUGAUGUUUGCAGCUCAAAGUGUUUCUUUGUGUAUUGAAGUGAUGUUAUCUUUUGUUUUUUACAUUGAGUGUGAUAACGAUGGGCCCUUCAAAGUGAGCCUAACACUGUAUUAGCUGUGCAUACUAGCUACUUGAGACAAUCAAAUGUGUGUACGGUAGCACUGAGCAUCCUCAGACAUGAACCUUCCCCAUCAAACAUUUUCUACUCCAACCCCUUUUUUUCUCCUGUGCUUUGCUAAAUCUCUUUACUCAGCUUGAUGUGCAUGUUUUCUCUCCAAAUGCCUUAAUAAGAGUUGUCUUUAUUUUCUCUUCAUGUUGUCUCCGCAUGUCUUCUGACUAAAUGCUGCUGCUGUAAUGUUUAAACAUGGUAUUUUAUACGCUCUAUAUCUCCUGUACAUUCUUAUGGAAAGAGUCAUUAGCUUAGCUUUAGAGGCGCUCCACAUUUCUCUUUGUUGCAGCUAUCACUUUGAUGAAUGUUGAUCAUGAUCCCCGGUUGACAUUUUGAUGAUUUUAACAUUUGAAACACGUCACUUUUUAAAUUGAAACGUGGUUAAAUCUUUGUCAGAUUUCCAAUAAUGAAACAUAUUCUACGCACAUUUUGAUGUACAAUAAAGAGAGGUAUAUUGUA